CUCUCUGCAGGAACAAAUUUCCAAAAAUCUCUAAAAUGGGUGUGUGUUGUGUUUGUUGAAGUGUUUAUUUAUUAACUGUCGCGAUUAGGCGUUUGUUGACAAGGAUGUGUUGGAGCUUUUGAUAUAGUCUACAAUAUUUAACAAGUUGAUGGGCCAGAGCCGGACGACCACUGCCUCAGAUAGGCUCAAUCCACCACACGGACUACCUGCAAGUUAGACGACCUGCCCGGCAAAUAAUAAGUACCGUAUUGUAUAUUAGUUAAAAAUGGCAAAUAAGAAAGAAACAGACUUUGAAACGAGAUCUGAUGAUGAGGAGGAGGACAAAAUCCGGCUGCAAAGACCGUCAGGCGAGGCCUCGUCUCGAUCUUUGAGAUUACGUUUGUCUAGGCCUCAGAGUGAGGAGGAAGAUGAUGACUACGGAAACGGAGGUGAAGAGGAGGAGCUGAAAAAAACAAUCAUGAUAGGAAGUUCGUAUCAAGCGACAAUUCCCGAAGGGUUGUGUAAAUACGAUGAUGCCUUGCCAUAUGAAAAUGAUGACAAAUUGCUUUGGAACCCAGAUAAGCUGACAGAUGAGGAUAUAGAGUCGUAUCUGGUAAAGGCUCAGGAGCCGAUAUUUAGUAAUGCUCAAGGAGUUCAUGCUAUUCCUACCGGAGCUCAUACAAGAGACGAUGAGCAAGCGUUGUAUCUCCUACUGCAAUGUGGGUACAAUGUAGAUGAGGCACUACGUAGGCGAAGACUAAAUGCCAUCCCCACCUCCGACACAAGCAGUUUGUGGUCUGAGGAAGAAUGCCGCAACUUUGAAAACGGCCUACGAGCUUUUGGUAAAGAUUUUCAUCAAAUUCAUCAAGAUAAGGUAAGAACGAGAUCUGUUGGAGAACUAGUACAAUUUUACUACCUUUGGAAGAAAACAGAACGACACGACAUCUUUGCCAAUAAGGCGAGGUUAGAGAAGAAGAAGUACACUUUGCAUCCUGGAAUAACAGACUACAUGGAUAGAUUUUUAGAAGAACAGGAAAGUGGAAUAAGUUCCGAGCAGAGAGAUAGAAGUGCUUCUCCGAAUCAUUCUCUGAGUGCGAGCGAUUCUAAACGGAAGCAACACAUCGAAGAUAAGAAGGAAAGUGCUUUAGCAAAAGAAAGCACAUCAGGCAGUGUUGAAAUUACUGUAACUAAAACAACUUCCUCCACUGUUAGCCCCAGUAAAGUGUCAGUCCCGUCUGCUUCGGCCACGAUCACUCAAUGAACUGUUUAUGCAAAUAUGGUUAUAAAUCAGAGUACAAAUAGUCUUAUUUUAUAUCUAUAGAUUGACUUAUAGCUGAAACUUGCACAAUAUCAUAACUUUUAAUUCACUAUAAUUAAAAUAAAAUAGGCCUAUGCCUUUUCUUCUUAUAUCUUUAUUUCUUUUACAGAAUAAAUUGUAAUUGGUCAAUAAGUUAUCCUAUUGCUUAGACCUGAGUGUAAAUUAUUUUAUUGAAUAAUAAACAUUGAGAAAACAAUGCAAACUGCUGUAAUUGUAUAAUUUUUCUGUAAAAUUUUUUACAACUUUUAAAAGUUGAUUUUCUCAUUUAAGGAAUGGAUUCACAAUGCAACCUAAAUACUAUAUUCUGCCAUAAAUUGGCAUUACUGUAUUUGUAAUGCAAUAGACUCCUCAAAAACAAGGCCGUGGCGUUGGUGUGUGACAACAUAUCGGCCGGCCUGUUAUCAUGGCAUUAAGAGGAAUAACGUUUUACAUAAACAUAGCACAGACGCUCCAUCAUCUGUUUGCUCCAUUAUCUGUUUCCGUAGGCUGAAAGUUUGGCAUUGCCUCUGACUUGUAUUAGAAGAGCCAUGGUAAUCCUGUAGUACUUUUUGCAGCAGUUUCAACAUUUUAAAUUAGAGAUAUACAAAAACUAGGUUUUGUAAUACCAUACAGAGGAAAAAUAUUUAGGGUAUACAAAGUUUAUUUUUGUAUGACUAUUCCUAUGUCUUAAACUCAUAUCUAUUAUAGAUUGUAACUAAGGACGAGAUAACUUUUAUGUAGACCGAUCAUUAUUUGUAGGCCUAAAUGAUUAAUCAAAACUUUGAAUACAAAACAAAGUUAGAAUAUGUUGUAACCAAAUCUACUCAUAAUCUAAUGUAUUAACCACAGAGAAGGGAGGGUACAGAGGAAAAAUUCAAUGGUACACUUAAAUGGUGUCUAGCUCUAGUGCUGGUGUCUUGGGCAAGUCCAAGACUGUUCCCUUGCUCUCAUGUAGUACAAUGCUCAUAAGAAUUUCCGCACAGUGUUCGCUCGGUCUCCUCUUUGCUCAUGACAAGUAUAUUUUCGGCAAAACAUGCCAGAUCUGAAAGUGCACGGUAGGGCCUAAGUGUUUCCUCUGUAUCUUACUUCUCUUUGAUCUAAUACAAAAACUAUUACCAAUGUUAUGAAACAUAUUACUGAAAAUCAAAAUUAAGACACAAUAAUACUAAGAUUAUGGAAAAUAAAUUAUUACUGAAGUGUGUGCUUUUAAAUUAAAGUCAUAUAUGUAAAAUGGGGUUUUCAUAUUAUUUUAUAAGGUUAAGCAGAUAUUCUACCAUGAUAACUAUUUUUGUAUUCAUUUUUAAUCGUGUUCCAAAAUUUUAGCUUAUUUUAACAGUGUAGUUUAUUAAAAAUAUUUUAAUUAUUGUUUUUAUAGGUUUUAAUAGUUUUUAAAUUAACAUAAUACUUGUUGGGGUUUCACUAAGUAUGUAAAUAAUCAAGUCUGUUAACACACCAGUUACUAAUUUGUUUUAUUGUAAAUAAAAAUAAAAUAAUAAGGUACUCGAAUAUUCAUGCGUCUGGGCAUUCUGUGGCAAUACAGCAUUGCAAAACACAUUUAGGCCUAAAUCAGUUAAAAGUACCCUUAUGAAGCCAUUUCACAAAAGAUUUGUAGGUAAACCUUUUCUAAUUUUUGAUUAGGCUAUUGCAAUGUUUUAUUUGUCCUCACUAGCUAUUUUGUAAAUUGUCAAGUUGUCAGACUGGUGUGUUAAAAAUAUUUUUACUGUUACAUUACAUCAUAUCACAGUAUACUGUAAAUCUUUCACAUCCGAUCUCACUGUAAAUAUGUGUAUCUACUCAAAGCAAGCGUUUGUCAAAAAUAUUUUAAAUAAACA